AUGGCCGGCACUAGAAAUUACGACUUUCUGAUCAAGUUGCUAUUGAUAGGGGAUUCCGGCGUAGGGAAGUCGUGCUGCCUUCUGCGCUUUAGUGAAGAUUCAUUUACACCAUCAUUCAUCACUACUAUUGGUAUUGACUUCAAAAUCCGCACCAUCGAACUGGAUGGAAAGCGAGUAAAGCUCCAGAUAUGGGACACUGCUGGGCAAGAGCGAUUCAGAACAAUCACAACAGCUUAUUACAGGGGUGCUAUGGGUAUACUUCUUGUUUAUGAUGUCACCGACGAGCGUUCAUUCCAGAACAUUCGAACGUGGUUUUCGAACGUCGAGCAACAUGCUAGCGAGGGGGUGCACAAGAUUCUUAUAGGAAACAAAUGUGAUUGGGAAGAGAAGCGAGCCGUAUCAACGGAGCAGGGUCAGCAGCUAGCGGACGAACUUGGAAUACCCUUCCUCGAAGUCUCGGCGAAGAACAAUAUCAACAUCGAGAAAGCCUUCUACAACCUUGCUGCCGAUAUCAAGAAGGGAAUGGAUACUUCGAAAUCCGAGCAGACAGGCUCUCAGGGAGUCAGCAUAGACAAUCAAGGUUCGGGGCUGAGCGGUAACACUGGAGGAAAAUGUUGUUGA